AUGGCUAAGUCCUGCAGAUUUCAGAAACUGGAAAAUGAAGAGCAACUCUCCUUUAUUCUAAUAAUAUCCAUUGUCUUCACCAUGAUGAAUCUCGUGUCCUCUCAAACUGCGAUAGCCAACUGUCCUUUGGAUGGUAAAUUCAACCUUUUCAAUGUUAACCAAACUUGCCAAAAUGCAAGUUGGGGGGGCUUCAUCAACCAUGAGUGCUGCGGACUACCCUUUGAUGAGUAUCUCUAUGCUCUAGGCCAGCGAGCAAACCUGACUGGACAAAUAUUCCUUGGUCCCACGGAGCAGAAGAACUGCUUAGCCUCAAUGAAUGCUACUGAGACAAGUGUCCUCAGAUGUGGAAUCGAGAAGCUGAAAAGAGGGGCUGGCGGCUGCUCUGAUUAUUUGGUCACAGAUGUGGUGACUCAGCUAGGAGAUAGCUUAAGGAACUUGACGGAGGACUGUGAUCUGGGUCCAGAUCCAGAUGGUUCAUUCAAUCAAGGUUGCAGCGCUUGUUUGGCUCAGUGGGAGGAGAUUGGUAAAUCCUCCGUUAGUGAUACAGAGACAGCAAAGCUUGAGGCCAAUCUAUGCCAGUUUGCGGUUUUGAUUACACUAACUGGCAAAAGGUCUGGUGAUAAAAAGUGGGUACAGACAGUAUACAGAUGUCUUGGGGAGCAGGGUCUUCCCCCCAUACACAGAUCCAUGUUAGAUGAAAAGGGCAGUAACAGCAAGAAGAGCUAUGGCAUCAUAUCUACUAAAGGCCUAUGGAUUGUAAUUGCUGGUCUGGUAGGAAUCAUCAUAGUUCUAGCUAUUGCAUUGUGGAUCUUGUUCCAGAAAAGGGCUAAAGUUCGUGUCCCAAAAGAAAAAGAAGAUUCACCAAAAGUGCCUUCCGAGGAUUCCAGCAGUAUCAAGAUAUCAAUUAAGGAAGUCUAUUUGGCAACAAACAAUCUCAACCCAGCAAAGUUCAUUGGGCAAGGCAUAGCAGGUAAGGUUUACAAGGGCAUACUCUCCAACAGUCAACACGUGGCCAUAAAGCACAUCAUCAGCGAAGGCCAUACAGAUACAUACGUUAGAGAAGUUGCGAGCCUUUCAGAUGUCCGGCACCCGAACCUCGUAGCUCUGCUGGGCUAUUGUAAGAAUGAAGAUGAAUGUUUCCUUGUUUAUGAGUUAUGCCACAAUGGUAACCUCUCAGAGUGGCUGUUUGGAAAAGAUAAAGUGCUCUCGUGGAUCCAAAGACUCAAAAUCGCCAUUGACAGUGCAAGGGGACUGUGGUUUCUCCACACCUAUCCAGAAGGCUGUAUCGUUCACCGUGAUAUUAAGCCUACAAACAUUCUUAUUAGUGCCAACUUUGAAGCCAAGCUCUCAGAUUUCGGACUAUCCAAGGUGAUGGAUGUGGGCCAGUCAUUUGUGAGCUCAGAAGUCAGGGGAACAUUUGGUUAUGUUGAUCCUGAGUACAGAAGAAACCGUCAUGUCAAUGCUUCAGGUGAUGUCUACAGCUUUGGGAUAGUACUUCUGCAGCUUCUCUCUGGACAGAGGGUUAUCAAUCUAAAUAUGAAUAGACCGAUGCCUCUAGGAAGAAUGGCCAAAGUCCUUACCAAAGGCGGUAACAUAGCAGAGUUUGCUGAUCCAAAACUCAAUGGAGAAUACUUGGCUGAAGCUUUUGAUCUCGUGCUCAAGCUGGCAUUGUCAUGCACAGGACUUAAGCAGCAAAGGCCAUCUAUGGAGCAAGUUGUUUCAAGACUAGAAAAGGCACUAAAUAUAUCAACUGAAGGAACAUCAACAAUAUCAAGGAACAAGAGAGAGAGGAACUCAGCACACAAAGAAUGA